CUACGCGGUCGACAUGGCGACCGAAAAAAUAACACAUUUGACUCAAAACAGCUGAAGAUUGACCCAAGUUCAAUCGGAGAUUGUUUCAUAUUUCACACUAUGUGAUGAAUGUCUACAAUGUCAGAAUAUACUGAAGAACAUUGAUGUUUGGAAGGUUUUUUUUUGAUUCCAGUGGAAUCUGUUGGAUUUUUUUGUUUGUUUUUAAAAAACCAAACAAAAGCACACAUUUACCACCAUUAUAAAAGAGAUUUAUAUGUAGAGUAAAUCUGUUACAAUGCCCGUACAAGCGCCACAAUGGACAGAGUUUCUGUUGUGUCCCAUCUGCACUCAAACGUUCGAGGAGACUAUUCGCAAGCCCAUCAGCUUGGGCUGUGGCCACACUGUGUGCAAGAUGUGCUUGAACAAACUGCACCGCAAAGCUUGCCCUUUCGACCAGACCACCAUCAACACCGACAUCGAGCAACUCCCGGUCAACUCUGCUCUGCUGCAGCUGGUCAGCGGACAGGUUCCCACACUGCAGCCUGUGACCCUGCUGACCAGUGCAGAAGACACAAAGCACUAUCAUGAAGCCCGCAAGUGUGUAGAGGAACUGGCCCUUUACCUUAAACCACUGAGCAGCACCAGAGUUGUGGGCCUCAGCAGCGCGGCCCAAAGCACGCUGAGCCGGCCCAUGCAGCGCAAGCUGGUCACCCUGGUACACUGCCAACUGGUGGAGGAGGAGGGCCGGGUGCGUGCCAUGCGGGCUGCCCGCUCUCUGGGCGAGCGUACUGUCACUGAGCUCAUCCUGCAGCACCAGAACCCCCAGCAGCUCUCCUCCAACUUGUGGGCUGCUGUGCGGGCUCGUGGCUGCCAGUUCCUAGGUCCUGCAAUGCAGGAGGAGGCCUUGAAACUGGUCUUGUUGGCACUUGAGGAUGGCUCAGCUUUGUCCAGGAAAGUCCUGGUGCUUUUUGUGGUGCAGAGGCUGGAGCCACGUUUUCCACAGGCCUCCAAAACCAGCAUAGGACAUGUGGUGCAGCUCCUUUACAGAGCCUCCUGCUUUAAGGUGACAAAGCGCGACGAAGACUCUUCUCUGAUGCAGCUCAAAGAAGAGUUCCGCACAUAUGAGGCCCUAAGACGUGAGCAUGACUCCCAGAUAGUGCAGAUUGCCAUGGAGGGGGGCCUCCGCAUCGCCCCGGAUCAGUGGUCCUCCCUCCUUUAUGGGGACCAGUCACACAAGUCCCACAUGCAGUCUAUCAUUGACAAGUUGCAGACGCCUGCAUCGUUUGCACAGAGUGUGCAGGAGCUGACCAUUGCCCUGCAAAGGACUGGAGACCCUGCUAACCUCAACCGACUGAGACCCCAUUUGGAGCUGCUGGCCAAUAUUGACCCCAGCCCAGAUGCACCUCCACCAACCUGGGAGCAGCUGGAGAAGGGGCUGGUGGCAGUGAAGACUGUUGUCCAUGGCCUAGUGGACUUCAUCCAGAACCACAGCAAGAAGGGAACUGACCAGCAGCAGCCACCCCAGCACAGCAAAUACAAGACUUACAUGUGCCGAGACAUGAAGCAGAAGGGCGGUUGUCCUCGUGGGGCCAGCUGCACGUUUGCCCAUUCCCAGGAUGAGCUGGAGAAGUACCGAAAGAUGAACAAACGUCUGGCUGCCCGCCGGCCACUUAGCCAGUCUCUUACCCAGCUGAACGAGGUGGGCCACCCCUGCUCCCCAGUUCUGCUGCCAGAGGAGGGAGGCACUGUGGAGGCAGUAACACAUAAGGCCUCCCCACUCACCAACGGCAUUGUGACAGCUGGAUCAGGCUCGGCUCUGACACAGCUCAUUUCACGCGGCACCGACCCGGCCUAUGAUGCAGCACGCAAAUCUGUGAAGCUAGACACAGGGAGCUUGAGCGCCCCAGGAUCUCCACCUGAUUCGCUGGACUCCGUCCCUAAGUCUGUGAUGCCCAUGAACUCGCACACAAUGUCCCAUCCCAGGAUGGCUGCGGAUCACCUCCCCAUGCCCAAGCAGAUGCCUAUGGUCCCCAGGGGACCGCAGAUAUACCCCCCACAGCAGCCUGACAUGUUCUACCCAGAGCCUAGGCCACCUGCUUCAGCUUCACAAUAUGAUCACACCCAGUACCCCACAGGUAAUGCAUACAGCUACCAGCCCCCCCAGUACGUCCAGCCGCGCUACAUACGUAACCCACCACCCCCCAGCGACACAAGCGUGCCCCCGUACCAAGACACCUACCCAGGUUAUGGCCCAGAUCGCCCGUACCCGAGUGCCCCCUCAGCACCCGCAUUCUCAGCUGUUACACAACAUGUGUACCCUCCUCACUAUGAUGGACGCCGACACGGCCCCUAUGGCGGGCCGCCACAGCCCUUCCCACCAAGAGACGAGCUGGUGAGAAUGAGCCCUGUGCCUGUGGACUUGGCCCCCCAAGCUCCACCCCCACUGGCUGGAUCCCAGUAUCAUCCAGAAUCAUCACGGGAGCGCUACCCUCCAGAGAGUUACUGUCCUGCAGGGCCCCACCCUGGCCAGAUGAGACCGUACCUCCGGGAUCCUUACAGUCGACCCCAACACAGUCUUGACUACCUUCAUCGUAGACGCAAGGAGAUCAUGGCACAACUAGAGGAGAGAAAAGUAAUUUCUCCCCCUCCUUUUGCUGCCUCGCCAACACUACCACAUACUUUCCCAGCCGACUACCCAUCAGAGCAGUACAUAGAGGAGAACAGUAAGGCCUUCGGGAAGUGUAGAGAGUCGGAUUAUGCUGGACAAUACUCCCCUUGGUCUUGCGACACCAUUGGCUCCUACAUUGGCACAAAGGACAUCAAGCCCAAAGAUGUCAUGGCACCUGGUGCAAUGGAAAUUAUGAGUUCAGACAGUAAGUGUCUGAGGGACACGCCAAUGGACGUGCAGCGGCGGUCGACAGAGGCCAAAGAUGAUGACCCCAUCAUCCCAUUUGGCCCACAGCCCACUGUGUCCCGUUUUGGUGCCAUCUCGCGAACUUCUAAAACGGGCUACCAGACCACUGGACCGGUUCAAGCCAUGGCCUCCUCACAGGGAUCUGCCACCAAACACAUCUCAGUUGCAGCUGAGUACAGUUAUGGGAACCAUGGAUGUUGGGGAGGAGCUUCAUACCCUCCCCACCAAAAUGUCACUUCUCAGGGACACUUUACUGAACGAUUGCCCAUGCCAUCUGCGGACAGGGAACAGCUGAAAAUGGAACUGCAGCAGGUCAACCAGCAGAUCAACCAACAGACUCAGAUUCGUGGCAUGGAGGCGGCCAGCAAUAGCAUGCUUCUGCAGAAGGAAGCAAGCACACUGGGCCCCCAGCCGGGAUCAGCGAAGUGGCCCGCAGGCACGGUGUCCAGCGAGCAGCUCAGUCUGGAGCUGCACCAUGUAGAGAGGGAGAUUGGCAAGAGGACUCGGGAGAUCGCCCUGGAAAGCCAGUCAUCCCGAGAAGUUCAGUACACGCUGAAAACCACAGAGAAUGGGCAGCCUGACCACAAGGUCCAGCUGGAGGACCUCUCCUUGGGUCUUAGCGAGGCCUCAAAUGGUUCUAGCAGCUUGCAGGACAGCACUGUUAGCAGCAACAGCAUGUUGUCUCUGACUAGCAAGACCUCGUCCCUCUGCUUGUCCACUGACCCAGGAGCAGGCAGCUCAGAUCUGCAGAAAAAUGGUGUGGUCCAUCCCUGCUCAUAGAGCUCUCUCUUCUCUGGUGCUGGGCUCCAUCCCAUUGCUACCACUACUUCCUACCUGCGCUGAUGGGUCAAUUUGUGUGUGGCUCUACCCACCCCCACUCACUCUUUCGUGGUGUGGGUGGGGCCACACACCCCUUCCUUCAGUGUAACUCUACUCACACUGGCUGAAAUGUAAUGGCCUUUGAAAUUUUAACAAUGGAUGUCCAGGUUGUGAGAGACCGUUUUAGGUUUCCAGGUUGUCAUUAUAUUGAGUCAUAUAAGGGCUAUGAAUUAAAGGAGAACAGCAUUCAGAAUCAAGCAUCUGAUACAUUUUAUAAUUUGAAUGAAAGCCUAAGUGUGCAAUUCGGGAACGGUUGUGAAAUAGUGCAUUGACACAUAAUAUAUCAAAUCUCCUUUCUUGUCUGCUGUCGGUGGCUUGUCUGUUAUCCCCUGACUGCUGGGAAUUCUUCUGGCUUUAACAGCAACCGUACUUUUUUCUUUUCCUGUGGAAAGGUCUCUGAUCAUGUAAAACCACAAAUAAGGUAUUGGAUUAAUGCAUCAGGUGUGAUUACAUAACAUUCCCAAUACCAGACUCUUUCAGCCAAGAGAUGGCAGACACGGAAGUAAUGGGGAGACAUGAGAAAUCAGCUCAGUCCUCCAGCUGAUGUGAUUCCAAGGAAGCAGGUCAAAGUUUUUGAUAAGAGAUUUGAUAUAGGUUAUAAAGCAUAUCUUAUUGCUGAUGUUGCAAGUUCUCUCCUAAGCUCCCAGAUUAAAUUCCAUCAUUUAACUUUUGUGCAUGUUAAGAACUUGAGGUGAUCAAAAUAGAUUCACAAGUGCACACAAGCAAACGUUCUCACACACAAAACCAGUUUUCUUGUUUUAUUUAGAGAUAAGCAGUAUCUGCUGUGAGUUGUUUUCUUCUUUUGUUCUGUGAAUGAACUUUAUUUUACCAGAACUUUUUCUGCCUUGGAAACCAUUAUGUUUUUUCUUAAAGCAUUUAAAAACUAGGCAAGUUUAAAAAGGAAAAAAAAAAAACUAAAAACAGUAACAUUAUGAUGAUAACAAAGCCAUUUCCCUGGUAUAUAAAUUGUUCACUCGUUUUGGAAGCUGAUAAGAGUUCAGAAGCCAUUUUUGCCGCUUCCUUGAAAUAGAAAUUAGAUCAGCUAACUUUUCUGUUUGUUCGUGUUGUUGCUGUUGUUUCCCUUGGAACUCUGUUUGCUGAGGAGACCCGAGAUCUGAAUUUCCAGAGUGGAUUUUCCUGCUGCACCUGACAUAGUGUUGCAUAGAAAGGCUGAUGGGAAAUAUCUUGAUUUGGCCUCUUUUCAGACUUUUUCAGUGUAGUGUGUUGCGUGCUGACCAGUUGGCAAAACCGAGCACCAUAGUAACACAGACAUCAUGCUGUAUGGCAGGCACAUUUUCAUCAUCCUAGCUGUUUGCAGUGUUACGUACUGGAGGGGAAGGUGUUUAGUUCUUUCAGUGCCCUGCAGAUGAGCUCAUCCAGUAAGGUUUCAGACAUGGCUGCUUAAUGUUAUCAGCCGGGCCAGUGCUUCGAUUUUUUUUAU